CAGGUGAAGAUGUUCCAAAUAAUGAAUUGAGUUUAUUGCGUGCACGUCUUGCGGAUCUUGAAAAGAGGCUGAAAGCCACUGAAGAGCAGCUUGCUAAAAAGAAGGUGUUGGCUGACAGUGAAGAUGGAGAAGGAGAAGAUGAAACCAGUUUUGAAACCGAAGAGGAACAUGUUAGUGAGAAUACAGAUGAGGUUGAGGAAUCUGAUGCGGCCGAUGAAAGUGAUGAGGCUGAGGAAACUGAAGAGGCUGAGCAAACUUAUGAGGCUGACGAAACUGAUGCAGCUGAGGAGGAGGUUGUGAAUGUCGAAGCGGUUAGCAGUGAUGAAGACAUGGAAUUGGAUGUUCAUCACAAAAUUGUUGAACCGAACCAAGAGGCUGUUGAAGAGGUCAAUGCCAACAUUGGAGCUUCCGAAGUUUUUAGUGUGGAACC